AUGCCGUUUGCCCACCUAUGCUCCGACAAAGAGCAUUGUCGUCAGACUCAGACGCCUCCCGAUGAGUGCCCGAAGGAAUGCUGCUUGACGGACCGCCAGUGGCCGCACCGCCGCCGGUUGCAGACGCCCCAAAGUUCUACAGCAAGUGAGAAAUCGUACAGAGACAGCUUUGCUUACGAUCUCUCUCAAGGAGCCUCAGUUUGUGCGCCAAUUCCCUUUCCGUCUUUCUUGGGCGACCGUCCUGGAAUAGUCGCGGCAUCACGGAGGGCUUGUGGCCGUGGUGAAAUCGACCACACUUGGCUGCUUGCCACCUCGUCAUUGUCGAAUCUACGGCACGGCUCCAAAUACGCCUCCUACGUCCAGCACGCCGCAUCCGCAUCACCAGGUUCAAUCCUUAGGCCGGCCUGGGAUUACACGGGCCUGGAUGAGGGGCAGAAGGCCUCAACCACGCAAAGAAGACUGACUCCUCGCCAGGCCGCGAACUUGGCUAGCCGUUCGGCUAGGCCAAUGAGCUGCCACCCAGUCCGGAACGCUCUCUGA